CCGCAGGUUGCCGGCUGCCCGUGCCCACAGCGGAGCCCCGGCCGCGGGGCGGGGAGGGGCGGGGAGGGGGCGGCCCGGGCCGGGAUCCGGCGCCGGCGGCGGAGGGGCGGGAGCGGUGCGGAGCGGAGCGGAGGCAGCGCCGUGUCCCGCAGCCCCCAUGGAGAAAUGCAGAGCUCUCGAGCAGCUGCUCAAUGAACUUGAAGAUUUUCUAAGGAUCCUGGACAAGGAGAACUUGAGCAGCACUGCUCUUGUGAAGAAGAGCUUCCUCUCCGACCUGCUGCGGGUGUACACCAAGACCAGCGGUGGCGAUGAAGAAUAUAUUUACAUGAACAAAGUGACUGUCAACAAACAGCAGGGAGACCAGGAGAACCAAGACAAAGCACUGGAUGGGAGAGCCUCCUUGACCAAUGGAGACUUGGGACUGCAUUCAUCCCCUCCUCAGAAGAGCCUGCCGGAGCUGCCCCCUCCAAAGAUUCCCGACACAAAACAACCUUUGGUCCCCAAGAUCGAAUCCCCGGAAGGAUACUAUGAAGAGGCCGAUGUCUCUCUAAAUGGUCUUUUUGGUAGGCUUGCUGCGGCUGGACCCAGGCCAGGGUUGCAGGUUACUGAGGGUGUUAUUUAUGCCACAAUAACGAUGGAUGGUGAAGCCGUCAGUAGCUCCUAUGAAUCUUACGAUGAAGAAGAGAGCAGCAAAGGCAAGUCAGCAACCCACCAGUGGCCAUCCACAGAGGCCACCAUCGAGCUGAUGAAGGACGCCCGUAUCUGUGCAUUCCUAUGGAGGAAGAAGUGGCUGGGACAGUGGGCGAAACAGCUGUGUGUCAUCAAGGACACCAGGCUGCUGUGCUACAAGAGCUCCAAAGACCACAACCCUCAGCUGGAUGUGAAUUUGCUGGGUUGCACUGUCAUUCACAAGGAAAAGCAAGUGAGGAAGAAAGAGCACAAGCUGAAGAUCAUCCCCAUGAACGCUGAUGUCAUCGUGCUGGGGCUGCAGAGUAAAGACCAGGCAGAGCAGUGGCUCAGGGUAAUCCAGGAGACCAGCGGUCUGCAGUGCGAAGGAGGCAGUGAAGGCAACCAGUACAUCCCAGAUUCGCAGCGCCUCACUUACCCGAAGGUGGAGCUCUCCGAGAGGUACUCUGCAGCCUCAGAGAGUGGGAGCAGUACAGACGGGCACGCAGAGACGGCUGAGACAAAAGAUGUUAAGAAGAAAGGGACAACUGGCCUAAUACUAAGCAACCUGAUGAACCUUGGGAGGAAAAAAUCCAGCUCCAUGGAUAGCCCAGAGAGAUCCCUGGAGACCUCAAGUUACCUGAAUGUGCUUGUGAACAGCCAGUGGAAGUCUCGCUGGUGUCAGAUAAAAGAUGGUCACCUCCAUUUCUACCAGGACAAGAACCGAAGCAAACUGGCUCAGCAGCCCCUAAGUUUGGCGGGUUGUGAAAUUAUCCCAGACCCAAGCCCUGAUCAUCUCUAUUCCUUCCGCAUCCUGCACAACGGGGAAGAACGGGUCAUUCUGGAGGCGAAGUCCUCGGAGGAAAUGGGCCACUGGCUGGGCCUCCUCUUAUCAGAGUCAGGCUCAAAAACAGACCCGGAGGAAUUUACCUAUGAUUACGUGGAUGCUGACAGAGUCUCCUGCAUCGUGAGCGCUGCGAAGAACUCCUUCUUCCUAAUGCAGAGGAAAUACUCCGAGCCCAACGCCUACAUCGACAACCUGCCCAAGGGGAGGAUGCCGCAGGAGGAGCUCUACGACGACGUGGACCUGCCGGACAUGCCCGAGGGAGAAGUACCCAAGAGCGACAGCAAACUGGAGGGGGACCAAGACAGGGUGUACCUGGAUCUCACCCCGGUGAAGUCCUUCCUGCACUGCGCUGGCAAGAAGUCGUGCCAGACUUCACCCCUGAGCUCGCCGUCUCUAGAGAGGCCUGGCACCAAGGCUGCCACCGACAGCGUGGAUGAGACAACCCCGGUGGCUAAGGACGCUGAGCCCUGUGGAAAGGUGAUGGAGACCUCGGAGCAGAAACAGCCAGAGAAGCUGGAGCCCGAAGAGCUGCCGCCCCAGACGCCCCCCGUCAAAACCCAGGCGCAGCAGCAGAACGUCGCCUUCCCGCAGACGGCCCCCGAGCUGCCCGCGGGGUCGGCAGCGGUGGUGGGCAGCCCCCAGCUGGCACCCGCACACCGGCCCAAGCUGCCCCUGCCUGUGGCAGCAGUGGAGACCAAGCUGGGCAAGAACAGGACAGAGGCCGAGGUGAAGCGGUUUACGGAGGAGAAGGAGCGGCUGGAGAAGGAGAAGGAGGAAAUCCGAGCUCAGCUCACCCAGCUGCGCAAGGAGAGGCGGGAGCUGAAGGAGAUGCUUGUGGGAUGCACAGACAGGAGCCUGGAGCAGAAGCUGAAGGAGAUAGAAGAAGAGUGCAAGAAAAAGGAGAGCCGAAGGGUGGAUGUGGAGCUGAACCUGGUGGAGGUGAAGGAGAACCUGAAGAAGGCAGAGUCCGGCCCCGUGACGCUGGGCACCACGGUGGACACCACGCACCUGGAGAACGCAGCACCCCGGAUUCAAACAAAAACUGCCAGUCCAGGAAACAGCGCGGAGAGCUCACCAGUCAACUCAGCUACGGCUUUGAAAAACAGGCCUUUGUCCGUCAUGGUGACAGGGAAGGGGACAGUCCUACAGAAAGCUAAGGAAUGGGAGAAGAAGGGCGCUAGUUAGAAGCACAUUUUUCAGAGAUGGACUAAAGACUGGAAUUACCCAGGCAUGGACAAGGGGAUUCAAUCACCUGUCGGUGGAGGUUGGGUGUGCAACACAACCCACACCACGUGCCUCCUCUGCGUCGCUCCACCUGCUCAGAUGCAGCAGUGGAGCCAACGGCUGCCAAUACCAAUUAGCUCAAACGAUCUUGCUCUUUCCAGACAAGUCCCAUCACGUAGCUAAAACAAUAACAACCAGUGGCAAUCCUUGCAUCAGAUUCCUAACCCAGUCAACGUAAACAAGACUGUUACUGUACAUAGGGGUGUUUUGUGUCUUUCUACUCUGAAGGUUUAUCAAUGAGUUAUUAAGGUUUCUAUAUUAGUGACAGUAGUGGGUUCAGGACAGGCCUCUGCUAUUUCUUUAUACCCCAGUGGUUUUCAACCUGUCACAGCAAAUCCCAAUCAGGUAAAGUCUCACCUGUUGGUGCUGGUCAUCACUCAGCUGCAGAUCAUCCAGCCUUCAGCCUGGGGAGGUACCCGGGCCUGAGCGAUGGCUGAGACACGGAUGAGAAGCACACACCAGCGGGAAGGAUCCUCUCAGCAUAACAGGGCACUAAGUAUAUCUACACCUGCAGCAGAGAUUUUCAGUGACCAGAUGCAUCACACCGUGGCCUUCUUCCUACCAGCCUGCAGCAGGGUUGAUUUGCCACAAUACGGAGGAAGAUCCCUGCUCACCUUCUUGUGCUCUAUUACAGCCUGGUGGCACCAAGGGCUCUGGGCAAAGAAGAUCUCUCAGACAGCAUCCAGAGGAGUUCUGGAAAAAAAAGAAAAAAAAGAAAAAGAAAAUCAUAUUUGAAGGCUUGUUACCAAUUUACCAAAGGCCCAGGCCUGCUUACCUGAUGGAUGAGGAUGCUGGAUCCUGAUGCUGGCCUCUUCCAAGGGGAGGGGAGGUAAAAGUGUCCCUGUGCUCCUGCCCUGGCUGCAAGCACCACUUUGGUGAUGCUCUCUGGUCCCUGCAGGGCUGCAGCGCAGCAGCAGCUGCACAAUCUGCUGAACACCUCCCUGUGGGAAAGGAACCCUUCACAUGGGUGCAGGAGGGUGCUGGAUCUGUUCUCCUCCGUGUCUCUGGUGGGCUGCUGGCUGUCUUGGUGCUAUCACCCUUAUUUCCAGAUGAUUAAACUUACUUAAUAUAGCCUUUGGGUGCUGUGGCCUGCAGAGCUCAUCCCUCUCCUCUCUGGCCGAGCUUUUUAAUGAGCGAUGUCAGGUGCCUGGAACUGGUAAGCUUAGAGACAGUAAAAUUUGAAGGCACAGGGCAGAAAUCCAUCCACCUGUUUCCCUCUCCUCCUCGUGACCUGCUGUCACAUCUGAAGGCCUGCAGACACCACUGCCUGGCUCCUCUGCUGGUCCUUCAGCCCUGCAGCUCGGUAACCGAGCUGACUGCAGGGCCUCAGUGGUCUCCAACCCUGCAAAGCCAAAGCAGCUCUGCUAACCCGGCUGGGCUGUCCCUGGGGUCCUGCGGCUACGCUGACAAACAGCACCCAGAACCAGGGUAAAGACAGGCAAAACGUUGUACCUUCCUAACCCUUGAAAGCCUUUGACGGGCCUGAGAUCAGCUCCAAAUGAGGCCUCUCCGUGAACAGAGGCCUGAUGGCUGGGGGAUGAAGGGGUGCGGGAGGCUGCUCGCUGCUGCCAUGGAGCCUUGGCACAGCAAAGCACGUAGGCAGGGUAUCCCCGAGGCAAGAAGGAUGCCCUCGUGCCUGUUUUUUACUGUGGCACUGACUGAGGAAUUUGUAAGCCCAGGCCUCAGGAGGGGUUCACCAGCCCCAGCUGUCAGCCCUGUCCCUCAGCAAGGUUUGCACAUAGGAAAAACUCCUGCAAAUCAACUGCUGCCACUGCUGGCUCAGGACCCAGGGGCCUUUCAGCUCCAAAGCACAAGGGGGCCACGGCCACCAUCACAAAGCUUUUGUUUUGACCCACGAUGAGCUGGCAGGAGACCCUGUCCACACCCUAAAUACACACAUAGCACCGUGCCCUCACCUUGCACCCCGCUGUCAGCUGCCAGAGCUUGUCCAGCCAUUUCACAGUGGUACCCAGACAGCGCUGGGCGAGAGCAGCCCCGCUGCCCGCACCGCAGCCCCGUCAGCUUCGGUGGUCUUGCUGGGACCGCCAGGGGAUGGUAAACGUAGGCGAGUCCUGAGCAACACACGUUUCCCAGACAAAAAAAUGUUAAACAAUGUCUCUGUGUCCCCAUUGUUUUCUUAACUCAAGGCAUUUCCUUUGUCGUAACUGUGAGCUAUAAAGUGGCGCUUUAGAGGGUUUUAUAAUAAAAUGUUGAGUAUAUUA